UAUACCUACGCAGUCGAAAAAUGGAAUGAUGCACAUAACAUCAUUAUUGUACCUAUAUUUGUUCUCUCUGUAUCAUUUUGAUUUUGACUGUAACCAAAAUUCAGGAAUUCAGAAUAAAAGUUCGUCAGUUGUACAGAAGUUGAACUGUUUUUAACAGUUGCUUUUCUAGUAGGAUUUAAUAUCAUAGUACAUGUGCAGGCAUCAUUGAGUCAAGAAUAUUUUAUUACAAUUAAAAAAUGAAUGCUCUCAUUUAAAUUAUAUUUCUCAUCCACAAAAUAAUCAAUGCAUAGCAAAAUAUAACCUUCAAAUUUAUUAUCUUCUGGUAUACUUGUUAAUUUAAUCAAGAUAGUACAAAAUAAUAUUGUUUAAGUUAAAGUGAAUACAUUUGUGUACUACUGUAAAUCAAGUGGUUUUUUGUUCCAAUAACUAAAUGACUAAAUAUAUAACAGGAAAUCAUGAAAAAAACUAGUGGAUGUUCAUAAACAAAUUGCCAUUUACUAUCAAACUAAACAAUGGAUGUUGGAGAAGAGAGCAAGGGUCUAGUGACUGUAGUUGCUGGAGAGUCUGAUCCUCUAAACAAUAGUCAAGCGACAGUAGCAACUAUUCAACUAGAUCCGUCAUCAGAUAUGGAUUUACUGAGCAACUGUCAAAGUGGGAUGGAAGGCACUGUGAUAAUUUUCGAUAAUGAUUCACAACAAGGAAUUGUGAAAUUAGUUAAUAGUGCUGAUGUACAAAACAGUCUAGGAACUGUUCCAGAUUCAGAUGAUUUAGAUAAUUUUAUAACUCUUCAUGCAGCAACUACUGAUCAAAAUAUUGCUGUAUCUGUAGAUGAAACCAUAGCACUCCCUGCUGAACAACAUUAUACAAUAGCAGCUGAACAGCAAAUAAGUUUACUUGAGAAAGGAGAAAAUUUUAUAUUACCAAAUGAACAACAAACUGUUUCACUAUCCUCUUCUCAAGAAAAUAUUGGUAUUAGUGUAGAUCAACAAAGCAUUGCAUUAUCUAAUCAACAAGAUAAUGUUUUGAUAUCCGUUUCGCAACCUGAUAUAACUAUUAACCCAAAACAAGAAAGUAUAACUUUAACAUCCCAACAACAAAAUAUCACCCAAGAACAGCAAAAUGUUGAUUUAGCUUCAGAACAACACAAUAUCUCAGUAAUCUCAGAGCAACAUAAUCUACCUACAACUUCGGAACAACACAAUUUCCCUGAAACACUAGAACAAAGUAAUAUCACUAUAGCUCCAGAACAACAUAAUAUCACUAUAACUACAGGAGAACAGAGAAUAACAAUACCAAUCGAACAACAUAGUGUUAUCGAACACUCUGAGGUUUCUGAACAAAAUAUUACUAUUUCCACUCAAAAUAGUGUUACAAAGUUUGACGAACCAAAUCUCUCUCAAACUAAUGAGCAAAAUAUUGAAACUUUUGCUGAUAAAAUAAUUGAGGAAACCACUGAGUUUCUUUCUUUUAAGCCUGAUCAGAAAGAAAUAAAACAAGAAGAUGCUACUCCUGCAGCAGAAUCAGAUGACGAUGAAACAAUUGCUACUUUUACCACAUCAACUGGUCAGCAGCUAGCUCUGUAUGCUGUAGAAGACUCGGAUGAAGUAUUUGCUGUAGCUCUUUAUGAUGAGUCCGGGGAACCACCAACUAAUUUUCAUUUUUUGAUGAAAGCGGAUGUUGAAAGACUAAUUGGAGAAGGUGCUGUCAAAACAGUAAAAAAACCUAAUGCCCAACAACGCAAAGAAGCUAAAGAAAAACUAGCUAAAGAAAAAAAAGAAAAAGAGGAAAUUAAAUUUGACAAAUAUCAAGCAGUUAUAACUAACAUAGAAAAACCGGAUGAAAUUCAAUACCUAAAGAAAGUUGAGGAAAUAAAAAAAGAAGUUGGAGAAGGUGCCCUUCAAUUCAUUGCACAACCAAGGCCUGUAGCUCCAAAAAUUGAACCUCUAAAACCUGUUAUAUCUAAACAACCUAUCAGCAAAAUUUUGGAAGGAGCUAAUAACAAAAGUGUAUUACCCUCCAUUCAAAGACGAAAUAUUGUCAAACAAUUAACGCCAAAGCAACAAGUAACACCAAGAACGCAAGCAACAGCUACUCUUACGUCACAAAUAGUUCUUAAAUCUCAAUCGUCACCUAAACUGCAAGCAAAUGCUAAAUUACAUUCAAAUUCUAAACUUCAAUUUACUCCUAAAUCACUUCCUUCUCCAAAUUCAGUUACAAUGCCUAAACUUCAAGGAACAACUUUUGUACCAUCAAAAGUCAAUCCACAAAUGGCAUCUAAAAUACAAACUAAUAUCAAAAAACCAGUAACGCCCAAGUUGCAAGCUAAGUCUAAUCCACAGAUAAUACCUAAGGCCCAAGUAAUGAAUCGACAAGUUACAUCUAAAAGUGAUUCUAGUAAUCAAUCUAUUCCAAUGAAACAAAUAUCUAAGCAAACUUUUGUUGGAAAACAACAGCCACAACAAUUCAUUGUGGCAAGACAAACUGGAGUUAAACAAACAGUACCCGUUAAGCCAGGAAAUUUCAUAAGACAAUAUCCUCCAGGAAAAACACCUAUUGUUAAGCGAAUAUUUCCAGCUAACCAAACAACAAUCAUCAGACAAAAUCCAUCCAACAGAUCACCUGCAUACAUCAGACAGAUAGCAACAGGACGACCUACUACACUGAUCAAACAAGUUCCUCCUCCAAAACAAGGAACAACUCAAAUUAUUAGACAAAUUAGUCCAGGAAAAAAAAUGAUUACCAAACCUAUACUGAAUCAAGAAGGCAGAAUAGUUAACGUAGUAACGCAGCAUUUGGUAGAAAGAAAAAAGGAACAUCAAGUAACUUAUCUUCUUCCAAACAAAAACAGUCCUUACAUUCAAGAAAAUCCAAUUGAAGAUAAUGAAGAUAGUGAACUAGAAUUGAUGGAACAAUCAACAAUGCAAUAUGUUCUUUGUGAUGGUGAUACUUCGGAAGGUGAAUUGACUUUUGAUGAACUUCAAGCUUCUUUACAGUCAAUUAAGAAAGAAAAGUUAAAAACUAUUCCUAAGAAGAUUAAAAAAAUUCGACCAUCAUGGUGGGUUAAUAAAAGUAUCAAACGACAGGAAAAUAUAACGAAAAUUUCACCUGUUGUUAAAUGUUCGCCCAAAUUGCCACCAAUAAUAACUCAGAGAAAGGUUUCAGUCACAGCGCCAAUGGUCUAUCGCACAUACAGAAGUAGCCCAAAAAAACUUCGUACUCCAAAUAAUUUGCUUCAAGCUCAUCGUAAAAUAAAAAAAGAAGAUGAAGAUCCUUCUUACAUAGAAGGUAAUUUAAAUUCUUCUGAAGAUAUACAAAAAAAUGAUGAUACACCAGUUUUGGUAACACCAGUAAGACCACGAUCUAGAAAACAGCAGUUGACCGUAGUCAAUCGAGCUGACUCGGAAAUAAUAAUUCAACCAGCUAGCGCGUAUUCUGAAGAUGAUGAAGAAAUAACCCAACCACGUAAACGUGGACGCCGGAAAAAGCAAACGACCAAUGAUCCCGAUUAUAAUCCUCGAGCAUCGGCUAGCAAAGCUAAGAAACGUACUAACCAGUCGGUUGAGCUUAUUGAAAUUGACGCAGAAGAGGCAGACGAGAACAGUAAAAAAUCAUCAAGUGAUAAGGAAAAUGAUGAUUUAGAGUCUGACUCAGAAGUAGAACCAAAACAAAAGCAAAAACCUAAACAAGUAUUUAUGCAGUGUAGUGAUUGCAAUCGAAAUUUUCGAAAAAAAAAAGUCUUAGAACGACACAUGCAAAUCUGCACGAAAAAUCCAACUAAUAUACAAAAAAUGGAAGAAAAAAAGGCGCUGGAAGAUUCUAAAGAAAAGAAAUUUACAUGCAAAGCAUGUGGUGAAAAAUUCAGUGUUGCCGUAUCGUUAGCACGACACGUGAGAGCUACGCAUUCACCAAAAAAGAGAGGUAGACCACGCAGAACCGAUCACAGAGAAGAUGACACUACAGACAUGGAAGAAAGUAGCGACGAUGAAAAAGCGAACAUUCACGAUAAAGAUCUUAAAAAGAAGGGCAAAUUGUCACCAAAGAAAAUAACUCCAACAAGAGAAGAUAGUGGAACUCCGGAAAUUGAGCUGAAACUUGAUAGUUCCAGUGAAAAUGUGAAAGAACCACCGAAACGCCGUGGUCGUCCACCCAAAGCCAUCAAAAAAGAGAUCUCUGAAACACCUGACAGUAAAAGCAAACCAUCUGCCUUAUUGAGUGAACCACGUCGACGAGGGAGACCUCCUAAGCAAAGAACUAUUUCAAAAGACGAGCACUCAGAAUCCUCAGAACCGGAAGAGAAAAAUAAAAUUGAACGACCGAUUGCUCAAGUUCCAAAAAAGCGUGGUCGUUGGAGCGAUCGUAUCUCAACGAGUACUCCGGAACCUGUCGAAGAGUCUAAAAAACGAGGUCGACCACCUACAAAAAAGAAAGAAAAUCAGUUGACCGAAGACGAUGAAAAUGAAAAUAAAUCUGACGAAGAUGAUGAUAAAAGUGUACCGAUAUCAGCGGGUCCUCUUAAAAAACGGGUUCGAUUACUAGCUAAAUCAGUGUCUGAAUCUGAAGAAAAAUUACCGGAAUCGACUACAGAUGAGCCCAAAAAACGUGGUAGACCUACAAAAAAAAAAGAUGAAUCUCAUACUGAAGAUGAUGAAGAUGAAAUAGAAAAUGAAAAUUUAAAGGAUGAAAAGGAAGAUAAAAAAUCAACUGCAGAUAAAGAAGGUAGAACGAGUACAGGAGAAAAAAUUAUUGCCCCUCCUAAAAAAAGAGGUAGACCGUCUAUGAAAGAUAAACUUUUGUCUGAUUCAGUUUACAAUAAAACCGAAGAAAUCAAAAUUGGCACAGAUAAAAAUAUAAAAGACGAAAAGCAAACGAGCGAAAAAUUACCGCUUGAACCCUGUCAAAUAGACAUUAAAGAAAAAGAAAAAGAACUAUUGGAAGAAUCAAAGAAACGUGGACGAACGGCGGAAGAAAAAUGCAAAGACGAAACAUCAUUUAUCGAAGAACAUAGCCAAUCAUCUGAAAUAACCAAGAAAAAAUCGACAACAGAUAAUGAUCAGAAGGAAGAUUCGCCGGACUUGGAUGAAAUGAUAGAAGAGUUAGUUGAAGUUCUCGAAAAAACGCCUCGAAAACGUGGAAGAUUCACUAGAAAAAAUAAAGAAGACGAAUCUGAACUUGAAGAUAAUUCAGAAGACGUAGGAGAAUUAAAAAAACGUGGAAAAUUAGUCAAAGAUAAAACGGACAUUGUAGACUCGAACGAAAAGGUAGACGAUCAAACUGCUUCACCACCCAAAAAGAGAGGCAGACCUGCCAAGUCUAGUAAAGAACAAUCAAUGAUGGAAGUAGAAGAGCAAAUGGAAGAAAUGUUUGCGUGUUUAGAACAAUCAAAUCCUCAUGUUAUAAAAAACAAAGAUAAUACAGAAUCUCUGUCUGAUCCUAAAAAAAAUAAAAAAUCUGACGUCAUUGAAAGCUUAGAUGUUUCUGAAUCAGGAGAAAAAUUUUCAACCACCAUAGAAACUUUGCCCAAGAAACGUGGCAGACCCCCUACAAAAGUUGACAAAGACGAUGCUCUGAUUCACGAAGAUAAAACUGAGGGUGGUCCCCAAUCUAAAUCUGACAAAACUGAUGAAUCAGAAAAUUCUUCUAAGGAACUGCAAACUAGAAGUCGCGCUUCUAAAAUAGAGAGCAAUUCAGAAUCUGAAAUGAAAUUGGAAUCUGCGUCAACGUCAAAAGGAGAUGCAAGAAAACGUGGAAGACCAAGUAAAUCUGAAAAAUCAUCGAAAGACAUAGUAUCCGACGAAGAAUUUAUAGCAAAUGAAGAUAGUACAACGGCUGGUGAAAUGAAUACGACCAAAAAUGUAUCAGAAGAAGAUAAAUCAACCGUUACUUCGAAUACCCCAAAGCUGAAAAAAUUCAGUUGCGAAAAUUGCCAUGAAUUUUUCACAAGUGUUGCAGCAUUAAAUGCACAUAGACUCACGCACAGGACUAAGAAGUCUGGUAUGUUAGUGUAUCACUGUUCAACAUGCAAAAAGUUGGUACCAGCUGAGGCGUUUUCCAAGCACUUGGCAAGUCAUGGCCGCAAAGGUCCUGCUUCUAGGAUUUUACGUUCCAAUCAGUAAAUCAUUGGAUACAUACAUUAUAUAUAAAUUUAUAUAAAAAUAUGAAAAUAUGAAAAUAUGAAAAAGCUGUAUAGAAUAGAUGAAUAUAAUAUUUUAUAGAUUAUGUUUAACCAAUGUGUUUAGCAAUCACCAUUAUUCUAUCAGCAUAUCAGACUGAUUAUAAGAAUAAGAUUCGAGUGCGGUGAAAUGUUGUUACAGAAAAAAAUGUUUAAAACUUAUAAAAAAUUUGAAAAAAAGUAUCUAAAAUGAUACAAUUUUUUAUAAAAUUUACUAACGUUAUUAAAAUUUCAAUUGAAUUAUUUGAAAUUGCGAAAAUCGUGUACGUUAUUAUUCAUAGGUAAUCAUUCUAUUAUUAUUGUACUGUAAGAUGUUUUUAGAAUAGUAUAUAUGAGUUUCAUCAUUGUGAAAAUAUAUAGAAUUCAACAUUUUUCAAAAUUAUUUUUUACAAAUUGAAUGAACUUUUAGGAACUUUUUCAUUCUACCUUAAGUCUUUUUUUCAAUGACUAAAUUGUUUAGAUGAAAAUAUGUUCUUUGAAAUCUUUGAAAAUCUCACAACCUAUAAUUAACCGUAGGUAUAUGUAAUUUAAAAAGUAUAAGUAAUUAAUUUUUAAAGAUUAGAUGUAUAUAUGUACGAAUAAUAAAAUUCUAGGUAUCUAUAAGCUAUACAUGUUCAUUUUUCAAUCCAUUUAUUUAUAUCAAUGUAAAGUAAAUCAACAAUUGAAAAUUAUUUAUAAACUAUAUUGGCACGCUUUCCAUUGCAAAGUUGGUAAAUUGUACAUCAAGCGCUGAAAAUGAAAAUGUACACAUGCCCAUCGUAAGUAAUUUUAAAGAUUUGUAACAAUCUGAUCUAUAAAAUAUAAUUUUCUCUACAACUCUCUUGCGUAAUACGGCUAUGAACGAAUAUCAGCUUGGAGUAAACUAAAGAAAACGAUUUUAUUACGUUGGCUAUUGACAAGAAUUGUUCAAAUUGAUGAUUAAGAUUAUGUACAUUUAAAACGAAAAAUAUUUUUUUUUAUGAUAUUUAUUAAAUGUCAAGUCGAUAGAUGAGAAUACAUAGUUGUGAUAGUUUCGCCAAUUUAAUAUCUAAUAUACAGUUUAUUCUCAAACAUAAGAUGCAAAAAUGUAUCGAAAAACUAAGACGGAAAAUUAUUUGUCUAAUUAACUAAACCGUUGAAAAGUUGAUUAUUUUUCCAAGGGUCCCAACAGGCCUGCAUCGGCGUUAAUGGUUUAACUUUUGAAAAGCUUCUGAACAAAUCGUAGAAGUUUUAUUAUUCAUUUAAUUACUGUUAUCAACAUUUUUUGGGAUAUGAGGUGGUGUUGAGCUCAUAAAAAAGUUAAAGUGAAUGUUGAACUGUCACAAAUAAUGAAAGGAUUAUUGAAUUGUAGAAAAAAAAUUCAAUGUCGAUUUUUCUAAAAACUCAAGAAUUUCACAUUCAGGCUAUAAACAGUGCUCUUAUUUGUAUGGCCUUAUGAUAUAUACAUGGCCGAUUUUCAAUGAAAUCGAAUGGCCAAAAAAUUUUUUCUGCAAAUACGAAAAACUUGUUUAUGAUGUCAGAAAUGUCGCAAAAUGUUUUUAAAUAAAUGGGGCCCAAAAUUGGUAAUUUCAGCAUUUUUCCAAAAUUCAUUAAAAAUCGAAAAUAUUUAAUUAAUUCUUAGUUCAGGACUCAAACGUAAAAGUGCUAGGGAGUUUUUUUGUUGGAAAUUGUCCAAAUUUUCAGAAAAAAUGUAUUCCAAAGUGAUCAGAGCACUUUGGAGGCUUGUGCAGAGAAAUAAAUAAAAAAAACUCGAAAUCUAA